AUUAAGUAGACAUAAACGUUUUUUUUUCAUAAUGUAAAAGUAGUACAACCUGACUCACAUGUCAGAAGAAUAGUCUGUUGAAAAUAACAUAAUAUUUUAGUGUCAUGCCAAGCGGCGCUGUUUGUGACGUCCCAGCUAACCGCUCUCCGAUUGGUCCUUGCUUGCAGUUUAAAAAGUAGCCCGCGGUGGAUAGCAUAGUUAGCGACGAGGCACCGUCUGAAGAAUAAAAUAUAUCCAGAGUGAGUUGAGCUUCAUUUGGGAAGGCUGUCGGACACACAGGGUUCAUAUUACAACCAGUCGUUUUCUCUGAAUAUGUUAAACAUAUAUAUUUUAUAAGCAAAGCCCUGUGGGUUUUCUCGCUCGUCUGGUUGUUGUGGCUAAUGCUAACAACAAGGGCAACGCCGCCGUUCAUAGCUAGCUGCAGACAUCUGAGUGGCCAAGAUGAAGGACUCUUGUUUAGCUUUGAAACCGGAGAGAGUGGACCCAGUGGAGGAGGGCCACAUCAAGAGGGACCUGCUGGAGGAAUUCUCCGCUCUUCCAAAGCAGGACCAAGUUUCCACCAAGUCGGAGAACCUGCAGGUCUACCUGAGGGUUCGACCUUUCACAGCAGCUGAGAAUGGAGAGUCACAGGACUGCGUGAACAUAGAGGGACCAGACACUGUGGUCCUGAAAGCUCCCAGGACCAGUCAAACCAACCGACAGGGUGACAAGCUCCUCCCACAAACGGCUCAAAGGUUUACCUUCACGCAGGUGUUUGGGCCAGAUGCCAGUCAAAGGAGAGUUUUUGAAGGGUCAGUCCACGGCUUAGUCCGAGAUGUUCUGGAAGGAGAAAACUGCCUGGUGUUCACUUACGGAGUCACCAAUGCCGGAAAAACCUUCACGUUUCUCGGUCCAGACCAUGACAGUGGUCUCCUGCCCAGGUCGCUGUGGGUCAUCUUCAACAGCAUUGAAGAUCGGCUGUACACGCGCUGCGAUCUGAAACCUCAGCGCUGUCGAGACUUCAGCCGACUGACUCCGGAUCAGCAGACGGCUGAGAGCAAUACCAAGAAGAACCUGCUCAGGAUGCUUAAAGAGAAUGUGACGUCUGCUCGAUCAACUUUUCUCGACAGCUCGUCCCUCAGCUCCGAAUGCAGUGUCAACAGUGUCGGUGACGGCGACAAGUUCUGUCUGGACGUCCCCUCGACUGUUGGCUUCUCAGUUUGGGUUUCAUUCUGUGAGAUUUACAACGACAACAUUCACGACCUGCUGGACCAGGUCCCUGGUGGACACAUCAAGAGGACGGUGCUCCGUCUGUCUCAGGACGUCAAAGGAAACUCCUUCAUUAAAGACCUGAAGUGGAUCCAGGUGAACAGCACUGAAGAGGCCUACAGGGUGAUGAAGAUCGGAAAGAAGAACCAGUGCUGCUACUCCACCAGGCUCAAUCAUCUGUCCAGCAGGAGCCACAGCAUCUUCUCCAUCAGGAUCCUCAGAGUGGACCACAGCGGCGUUCCCAGAGUCCUCGGCAUUAGCGAGCUUGCGCUGUGCGACCUGGCCGGCUCGGAGCGCUGCUCUCGAACACACAACACGGGAGAGCGCCUGAAGGAGGCGGGAAACAUCAACAGCUCCCUGUUGACGCUCGGGAAGUGUAUCAACGCCAUGAGGCUCAACCAGCACGCCAAGUUCCAGCACCAUGUCCCCUUCAGGGAGUCCAAAUUGACACAUCUCCUGCAGUUCUUCUUCUGCGGUGCCGGCAAGGUGACCAUGGUGGUCAACAUUAACCAGAGUGCCUCCUGCGUGGAUGAAACGCUUAACGUCCUCAAGUUCUCCGCCCUUGCCCAGAAGGUGGUGGUGUUGAACACGAGGCCCGUCACCCUGGACGUCGCCUCCCACAGGUCGGCUAUGGAAUUAUCCGUCCUCAUCGAUGAGGAGGACCAGCGCAGGAACAUGAUGAUGGGUCGCAAGAGCUCGCUGCUCCACUGGGAGACCAGUCUAGAAGACGUCCUGGAGGACGAGUACGAUGAAGAGCCGGAUGAGGACAAAGAGUCAGAGGAGGAGAGUCUGAUGGAGGGAACGGUGCUGGAGGCUGGAGAUGCGGAGGGGAACAAGACCAUGGAGGAAGAGGAGAAGUCGGACAGGGAGGCGGCGUUGCGUUUAGUCCUGGAGGCUCAGAUCAGAGAAGAAGUCAGCGCCGAGUUCAUGGAGCUCUUCAGCAAGAUGGAGAAAGACUACAGCGAGCGUCUGGAGAAGGAGCGUGAGGUCCUGGAAGAGCGCGCCGAGAAGAAACUGGAGAUACUGAAGAACCUGGUCAGCAAGACCGCCGACUUGUCCGAUAGCGUCCUGUGUCCCGCCAAGGAGGAGCAGGCGGCGCUGUUGGAGGGAAUCAUCAGUUCCGUGAGCGAAGACCUGGAGAAGAUCAGAGCAGACGCUGUGAGCAUGCACCGAUGUCUGAGCGAGCACACGCAUGUUGCAGAGCUGGAGAAGCGACAGUCGGGUGUCCAAACCCUGCAAGCUAUCGAGACACCCGGGACCUCUGAGCCAAAAGACACGAGCCAGCAAGACCACCGCAUCCCGGACCGCGUACCACACGUACAAGCCCCUCCUACUUACCCCCUACGACCAAUCAGUGAUUUGGAAGUGGAGGGCGAAAGGAUGAGCACCAAGAUAGUGCUGCUGGAGGAAAAGCACAGGAAGGAGCUGAGCGAGAACCAAGCGAAGAGGACGGAGUUGGAGGCGGAGCUAAAGCAGCGGCAGAACGAAGUUCAGAAGUUGAAGGAGGAGGUGCAGAAAUUGUCAGCCCGAGUGGACGAGUGUCCAAACUGCGACGCCGUCGUGUCGACGCUGGAGCUGGAGCGGCGGGAAACAUCCAGGCUGACGAAGGAGAACAAAGCUUUGGUGAACGGCAUCUUCCAGCUUCAGACGGAGGUUACCGACCUUCAGCGCCAGCUCAGACGGGAAACCGAAGGAGUCGCCAGCAUGUCUGAGGAGCUCGCCGCCGUGAAGGCCUGCCUCCAAGGCCGAGAGAGCCAAUCAGACGUGAAAGCUCAGCAAGUCAAGGAGUGGGAGGGUCUUAGCGCCAGCACCAGCCUGUUCCACGCCAACAUGGCCGAGCUGAGAAAGGAGAGCCAGGCGGCGCUGGAAAGAUCCGCUCACAAAUCCAAACUGAUCCAGGAGCUGCAGCAGGAGAAGGAUCGACUGGAGGAACGACUUGCGCUCAGAGAUGAGGAGUGUGAUCAGCUCAGCCUGGAAUUGGCCAAUCAGAAAGGAGAACACUCCCGGCAGCUGCAGAGCCUGAGGGCGGAGCUUGAGCUAGAAGAAGGAGCUCUUCGCAGGAAGCUGGAGGAGACGGUUAGAAAGGAGGAGAUGAGGAAGGCCGAGGACCAGAAACAAAUAGGAGAGCUUCAACGUCUCCUCUGCGAGAAGGAGAACCGUCUGGAGGAACUUGUGAGGCAGACGGACGCAAUGAGACAAGAAAUGGCGCGUGUGACGGAAGAGCUGCAGAGCAGGGAGGCGGAGGAGCGGAAGGAAAACGAGGAGCCGAGGACGGCGCAGAAGCUGUCCCUGCAGGAGCGUAAGCACCGGCGGCGACAGGAAGUGGACCAAAGCAAAGAGCUCGGGCCCAUGGAGUACCACACGCAGGAACACGUUCAUGUCGCUGCUUUGAGGAACGACGUGGUCGACCUGGGCGACAUGCCGACGUCGAAGGGCAAGAGGGUCGCCAGGAAGAGGAAGAGCUGUGAGGUCGAGGGGUUGGUGUCAAGCGGCAGCAAGCGAAACAGGCGCCGAGCGAACAUGGGAAACACGACACAGCAAAACCUCGACACGCCGAAGACGCACACGCUCAACGACGGGAUCCACAAGUUGCCGUCUACGCUGCUCUGCACAGUUGAACCUCACGUCGUCGCCGCUGCCGCCGCCGCGGCGAGCAAACCCAAAAGAGGACGGAAGAAGCUGUACAAGGAUGACUGCACGCCGCUGCUCACCUCUCCGAACGUGGCUUUCGGAGGUGCCGACGAGGAGAAGGAGAGCGACCACGUGAUCAUCAAGCGCCAACUGCGCUCCAAGAACAGGAAGUGACCUCAGACCGAGCAGAGCUGUUGAAAAAGUCAUUGUGAAGAGUUUAAAUAAAUGUUUUUUUUCUAUUUUGUAAGUUUUGUAAUGUUUUUCUUGAAAGCGUGACAACUUUUUUUUUAGCGUUGCACCAACGUCAACACGUCCAGGAUUGAGCUCCACUCUGAUUGGUUCUUCUGGUUUUCAGCCAAAGUCAACCAGUAGUUGGCGUUGGGCUCCUCUGCGGUUAUUGCCAUUAGCUUCCUGUGCUGAUGUAUUGAUGAUUUAGAGCAGGGGUCUCAAACACACGGCCCGGGGGCCAAAUGUGGCCUGCAGGACACUACUUUGAGGCCCCCACCUUGAUAUGAAAGUUUAAUGUUAGUGCGGCCCGCGCAAGUUUGAUUUAAAAAAAA